CUUCGACGUGGGGGCGCCUCGCAGUGACAAGGUCGUUAAACGUGCCCAGAUAGAGGAAACGUUCUCGGGCGGCGUGCUGUUGUGUACGAUCGCUCGAGCGGCUUUCACUUUUGCCACGGCUGUUCGCGAUUCGGCCAACGAUCUCAGUGAAGGACGUGUCGAAAACUAUGGCUUCGAACGCUUUUGCCGUUUUAGUGGGUCUGGUUUUAAUUGGCCUGACACGGAACGCGUCGGCGUACGAUCCCAACGAUAAAUCGCUGAAGGACAUACUGCUGCCCGAGGGUCAGUUCGAGGCGUUUUACCUGAAAGGCUCGCAGGAGGAAGAGCAGAAUGCGGUUAGACCGGCGCAUCUUCACGGAUCGUUUCAUCAAUACAGGAAUCCCGCCUUGAUCAACGCGCCGAACAGCGCGGCGUACGGUUUCCGCUUCGAUGGAAAGCGCCGUUUUAAUUACGAUUAA